GCUUGACCGAGGCCCAGCACUCCCGGCCCAGCGCUUGCGCGGGAGAUGGAUGAGGGUCAUGUCGAUCCCGUCGCUCGCCUCUGCAUCUCGAUUCAUCCAGCGACAAGCCGAGCCGGAUUCGGCACUUGGUGCUGACCGAUGAAUCUCUUCCUCCAGAUUACACAAUCGAGGCGUGGCCUUCCCACUCCACCUUUGAAACGGAGGGUUGGCACAGCUUCCAGCUGCCGUCCCACAGCACGCCUCAAACUCCAAGCACACUUCCCGAUGUCGGAUCGGGCAGCACUCAGUCCGGCUGCCACUCGCUCAUUCGCAUGUCGCCGUCGGGAUCAAGAAAUCCACAGAUUCUUUCCAGCAACGGCAAGGAUCCGCUCUGGUGCGCCAACGCGGAUCAGCUAUGGAAGUCGAUCGAGGCCUUUAGUCGCAAGUGCGAUGAGCAGGGCAGCGUCGACGGAAACGGCGCGCUUUUGUUUGCCAUGAAGCCUCUCGAGCUGACCAGCGAUGCCUUGGCGAGCCUGGGCAUGAGUCGGGAACACAGCUACGGCCCUUACUCCAGCUCCAACGACGGCUUCUCACGUCAUCCGUCGCAGCACCACUCCUAUCCACACACGCCCUCUGACCCACACUCAAGCCCAGGACGCACAAGCUCACCUCAUUCGCAUCAUCCCGGGCACAUGCCGCACCAGAUUGGCUACGGCCACCAUCCUAUCUCGCCCUACCAGGCCCAGUCGCUGUCAUCGCAAUCGGCCAUGUAUGAGCCAUACGGUCGGCUGUAUCCUCCCGCCAAUUACGCCCACUGGUCCACCGAGAUCAGAAAGUUCUUUGAGAAUCUGGGCGAUGAACGAUGGUCUGGAUAUCGCGAAGAAUCGCCCUUCUACAACUCUUCGUCUCACGCAACGCCCACGACUCCAAAGGCACCUACACCCAGCACACCCGACCAACUGACGACGCCGACCAAGUACACGUGCCCUCGACCUGGGUGUGGCAAGACUUUUACUCGCAAGGGCAAUCUCGAGAGCCAUCUAAACUCGCACGAUGGACGCAAGGCGUACAAAUGCGAGAUCUGUGACAUAUUCUUUGUGCGCCAGAACGAUAAGCGUCGUCAUGACAAGAAGCACGUUCCCGGAGCGAAUGGAAAAAUGUACGAAUGCGAAGAUUGUCACUCGACUUUCUCGCGCAAGGACGCACUAAUCCGCCACCGAAAUGGCAACUGCAAGUCCAAGCGUUGGAAAGUCGAAUCGACCCCUGACCGCUCGCUCUCCCAGCGCCAGGAUUCAGCCACCAGCCCGCUCGGCCAGCAUCGACUUCGAUAUUCCGACAUCAGGCUGCUGAGCUUCAACGGAGACCCUGCCGCUGCCUGCCUCGGUGACUUUGGCGACAUCUCGGUCACCUACACCACCGUCCGCCUCAACCACGCCGCCAAUCCGAUUGUGUGGCUCAACCCCUUUUGCUUCGUGGCCCAACCGGCGGCCAGCGGGGGCGAAGUGAUGUACAUCUUCAACACCCUCAAGAAGGGUUACCACGAAAUCGGCAACAGCACCAACAGCAUCUCCACCCGCAUCCAGACUUCCUUCAGCUUCCACAAGCAAAAAGAGCCUUCGGAAGGACCCGAGGACGGGGCCCACGGAAAUGGUGCCAACAAGACCGAGCCCGCACCCGAUACUGAAAUGUCUGUCGAGCUGCGUCCCGAUGAGAGCGCCGUGGGACAAUUUGACAUUGUCGAAGUCCUGUCGGAUGCCCAGGUCCGCUUGUUGUCGACCGACGAUUCCGCAACACCGACGACAACCGCGACAGAGGCUCUGGAGGCCAGCUGGCUCAACCCAUUCAGCUUCUGGCUCGAGCACAAGACUUCCUCGGGGCGUGUGGAGCCUAAAUGCUUUGUGUUCCAUCCGAGCUCCUCGGCUCCCGACGGCCAGAGCGGCAUUUAUCUGCAACUCACCAACACAGCCAACUCGAUGCGCGAGUCGCUCAUCUUGACGAUUCAACUCCUCCGGAACGAGCAGCACAUCAUUCUGAGCGGGCGAGGCGACCCACGAUCGCCUCAGGACUCUCAGGACGAGGGUGGACUGUCGGACAACGGGCAUCUAAUGGAGACCAACGGAUCCGGCGAGGACACACCCAUGCCGCCAAAGAAGCGCGGACGAGCCAAGAGCGAUCUAUCGCUGCAUAGCCCCACCAAGGGCAGCCGCCGGGCUGGCCGCGAAGAUUCCCUGUCGGGCUCCCCCGAAGGUACAUGACUUUUCACGCUCGAGCCAGCGAGGAUGCGCUGUUUGUGUGGCUUUUGAGACGGAGCGGAACCCAAUGGAC